ACAAAAAAAGCCAAAGAUAAGAUCAGAAAUCAAAGCUCGAGCGAGCUCGGGGGCAUGGAGGUGAAGGGUCGCAUAGCCCUGGUGACGGGAGCAGCCACCGGUAUAGGCAAAAGUUACGCCGAGGAGUUGCUGAACCAAGGGGCCAAAGGGGUGGCUAUAUGCGACAUCAACGGCGAGGAAGGGGAAAAGUUGUACCACACGCUGGCUUCCCGUCACAGCAAGGACCGCGUCUUGUUCUGCCAGUGCGAUGUCACCGAUUACCUACAGUUCGAGGACACUUUCAAAACUGUGAUCGCCACGUUCGGACACAUCGACAUCGUCGUCAACAACGCUGGCAUAAUGAACGACAGAUUUUGGGAGCUCGAAGUCGACAUAAACCUCAACGGCGUUAUUCGCGGGACGCUGUUGGCCCAACGGUUCAUGGGUAUCGACAAGGGCGGCCGAGGCGGGGUGGUCCUCAACACCGCGAGCAACGUCGGCUUCAACCCUUACGUCAGCUGUCCGAUUUACUCGGCGACCAAGGCCGCCAUAGUCAGCCUCACCAGAGCUUUUGGCGACCAGUACCACGUAGGUUUGACGGGCGUGAAGAUAAUGGCCAUAUGUCCCGGGGCGACCAAGAGUAAUCUGGUGCGCGACGUUGGCAAGCAGCUUCUGUAUCCUCGGUACGAGGACGCCUGGCGCCGAGACACGGCCUCUUCGACCUACCAAACACCCGAGCACGUGGCCAAGUCGUUGGUCCAGAUACUGGCGAACGGCAAGAGUGGCAGCGUCUGGCUGGUGGAGAGCGGACAGCCCCCCAAGGAAAUCACGUUCUCGAAACAUUAGGCUCCAAACCGUUCGAUACAUCAUACACUCGCUCGAGGAAUUUUUACAACAAUCGUCCGAACUAAAUUAACGUCCUACCGUGUACCGUCAUGGACAUUGCAGCCUUCCACGCGGCAAAGCUACUAUACCGUAGGGAAUUUUUUAAAUGUUUUUACACUUAAUCGUAGGGUAUACCUACGUGCAAUAUUUACUUGGUAAUACUUUGCCAUUUUGGUGAUUCAAAGUUUUUCUAAAAAAAACAUUUGGAUACAAUUUCUCUGUUACAUUGACGCGGUUUUGAUAUUCUCGAACAUCAUUUUUUGCAAAUUCUGACUUUUGCAAUUUGUAUACGUCCCUCGAUAUGUUCGCGCACUCGCGACAAUCCACUUUUCAUAUUUGAUUUUACCCACGUACAGUAACAAUAAGAGUGUAAGCGGGACCUUUAAGCAAACGAUUGAUCGGAAAGUGGUCCGUAUAACGAAAGCAUACAGGUAUGAAGGAACGUAUCGUAAAAUGCAUAUUUUUAAACAAUACAUGUAAUAGCGAAUUUUUCAAUUUUAAUACGCAAAGUAUCCAGUGACUCUGUACCUAUAUACUUAUACCAAAAAAAAAGAAAAAAGAAAAAGAAAUCUUGCGAUUAACGAGAAACUUUUUAUUUCACUUUUAUAAGUCUUUUAAUCGGUGAAAUCGAUGCAAUGUGUACGCAUAUAUUUUAUCCAAUACAACUGAAUAAGGUGCAUCGCGACCUCGCUAGAAUGGUGUGUUUCGAUGAAUUUUUUUGUAUCGUGUAUAAAAGCACAGUGCGGUCUUUGCAUGUGCUAAAAUUAAGUAACUUUAAUUUUGUCUGUGAUACAAUCGGCUAGUUUGAGCAAAGUCACAUCAAUGUUCUUUUGACCAACUGGAUUCACGUUCAAGUACGAGGCAAUACCCAUGUACCAAAUAAAAAAUGUAGGUACUUCCAUUGUAAAUAAAAUCAAAAUGAUCAUCUAAAAUUUUUGAUAUUGCGAUUUUAUUGUGAACAAGUUACGUACUGCCAACAUUUGUAAGAACAAUACCAUACCGUAAGUGAGUAUUUAUUGUGAAAACUAUAGUGUAACAUGAGAGAAGAAAAUAUAAUUAUAUAUUUCGUGUUUUUGCCAAGUGAUAUACUUACCAUUAAAUAUUUUUCGUAAGAUUCAUUUACGUAAAAAGCUGUAAGUUGUGCUACGUGUGACAUUACUAUUAUGCAUAAAUAUGACUUAUUUCUUCCCACACAAGCAAAUUUGCCGUCUUUGAAUUGAAAAAAAAAAAUUUGCUUCUGUAAAUGAGUUUCCAAGACUUAAAUAUUAUGUAAGGAAUUUGAUUGCUUCCACGUGAGUGGCACAAGCGUAAAAUGUGUUUUUAAUUGUUGCAAAUGAGUAUAUUUAUAAUAUGGUUUGAAAAUAAUUGUACGUGUAUGUGUGUACGUGCACGAGUUUUAUCGCUUAUAUCAUGAUAUACGUUCGCGUUAUUAAAUAAAUUUAAAAAAAUGUUUAUAUGCGAUAUAAUAAAAGGCGCACUUUGAAUUUGACAAAAUGAAUUAAACAUAUUAAGGUCACAUAG